UUUUCCCUUGGAGAGAGGGAGAGAAGGAUGGGUACCUUCGCAAGGGUGAAGAGCGGCGGCGAGGGCUGGGGUUUGGGAUUCCUCUUAGUGUUCUUCCCUGAAGAAGACAACGACGAUGACCACAAAUACAUCGACAAGAGGAGAAGGCUUUCUUGCUCAUCCUCUUCCUCUUCCUCUUCGUCUCCAAUCAAAUCAACAAGUAGCAGAUGCAGUGGAAGCAAUCUUCUCAUCAAAAGAUCCCAAUCUACUAUCUCCAUUUGUGCUCUUAUCAUCUUCUUCACUCUGUUUUUCUUCACACUCUGCACUUUCGAACCCACCUCCACCAAUCCCACAGUACCACGAAGAUGGCUCCCCGAGCCCAAGAGAUCUUCUUCGUCUUCUUUUUAUUUUAAAUGGAUUUCCAAUAUUUGGGAGAGAAACGAUGAUUCAAGAACGAUUUCAGAUUCUGCUUUGCAGGGGAUGGGUACUCUGUUUAGGAGAGGAACAAGAGCUAUGAAUCACCUUCUUGGAGGGCAUUUAGUGGAUGACACAACCGACGAUGAGCUCCGUUUGUUCCUCAGGUCUCUACAUCGAUCGGGUCUCACUGCUAGAUCAGAUGUCGUUUUCAUUUUCCCAUCUGCAAUUCCUUCAAAUUCCACUUCUGUAAUUCAGGAAGAGAACGAUUCGUUCUUGAAAUUCCUUCGCCUUCACAGAGAAAACAACAAUUCGGCUAACAAGGGAAUUGGUUUCGACUUGACCCAAUUCGUGAAAUCAGGUUCAGGUAACAGAGAGGAGCGGCAGCCACUAUGGGGAAGACGAAUUCACGGAAAUUGGAGCAACGCAGAGGGUGGUGGCAGAGAAGAUGAGUUUACCGAGUUGAGUUAUGGUUCGGUGGUGGGUUUUGAGGCCGCGGAGCUUGACCCGGAGAACUCGCUAUCCGGGUUCUUAGAUCACGUCCCAAUGAGCCUAAGAAGGUGGGCUACUUAUCCGAUGCUUCUUGGGCGAGUCCGGCGCUAUUUCAAGCACUUUAUGUUGGUGGACAUCAAGAAAGUGGUGGUGCUCGGAGACUCACUCACCCGAGUCAAGAGUUGGAGAGCUGAGUCAGUCUAUUUAUGGUCGAAGACGGAGAGUUCACACCAUGGACAUGGCCGGAAGAACUCGGGCGGAACUCAAUCUCGCAAUCUGAACGAGUCAAAACCAUUGAACCCAGCUGCGAUCGUGGGUGGAACUCGGGGUGUGCACCGCCUGUCGAACGUAGUGUUGAUGGAGAUCGUGAGAGCUGCGAUUCAACACAGAAGUAAAAGCGAAAGCAAGACUUUAGUAACUGAGUCAACAGUCUUGAACCAACUCGUUGAGAACGGAUCGUUGUUGAAGAACAUGGAGAUAAUCACGGUAACCGAGUCUAUUCCCGAUUCGAGAUCGCUCUUGAGUCGAAACUCAAAUCGUCUUUUAUAUCAUCAUAAUAGAAUUAUCCUUUUUAUAGUUCAUCGUGGGAGUAAUAAUCUUCUCAAUUUCGUUCAAUUCUUCAAAAAGAGAUUUGUUCAAAUCGUGGAAGAUUCUCUACAUUAAAUACAAAUUAUAUCAAGAACUUCCCAUCAA